AUACUAUAUACUUUCUUUAUUGCACUUUCCUUCACUCCCCAAAUAUUUCCUUAGUCCCACCUCUUCCCCCUGCUCCGUCUCCCCCUCCGCGGGGUUGGUGAGUCUCCCACCAUGGCUGUGCCCUCGGGUCGUCGCGCCGUCUACGUGGCGCUUCGUGUUUUCAUCGGUGCAUUAAUAACGUUUUUUCACUUGACUUCGGCAACUCCGGGGAGAGUCGGCUCGAGUGUGCAGUCCCUGCUGCAGCCGUAUGACUGGUUAUAUUACAGCGGAGUGCGCUCAUAUUUUGGGAACGAGUGGGCGAGCGCCGCAGAGCUGCUGGAGAAAGCCGUCAUAACCAAGGAGUCACUGUCCAGAGUGCGCAGGCAGUGUCACGAUGAAUGUGCGGCAGCGGGGAGAGAUGCGUUUGAUCAACUGGACUCAGCAGGGGGGAGUCUGUGGGACCUGUGGACCUUGGAUUGGAUUCAGCGGAAGGCUGAAUGUUUGAGGUUCUGUACCGGACGCUCCGUCACACCUGCAGCGCAGCUUCCUGUAUCCACCGACAUUGAGUAUGAGUUCAGCACGCGCAACGCCUACAACUUCCUGCAGGUCAUAUACUACAAGUUGGAAAAGUUGCAGAAGGCGGCAUCGGCGGCUCACACCUACUUUGUGGCCAACCCCAGUCACUUAGAGAUGAGGAACAACAUUGAGAAGUACAGACGAAUGGAGGGGGUGACCGAGGAGGCCUUCCAGGACAGGGAGCUGGAGAAUGAGAGACACUGGGUCCUGUAUGAUUCUGCUGUUCAGUACGAGGCCUCCUCUGACUGGGUGCAGGCAUCAGAGAAAUGGAAAGCUUGUGUGAAUAGGACCCUCUGGCAGACGGACGAGUGCAGGGUGCAGUGCGAGGUGACCCCCCAAAGGCUGCCAGAGGACAGGGGAGUGGAAAGUAAUCAUGGUGUAUUCGAGAAGGCCGCAGCUCUGUCCCUCUCCCUGCUCUCGUGCCGGCAGUCCUGUGUGACUCAGGUGGCAACGAGACCCGGAAGGCUUUCUUCUCAGGAGGACUUUCUGCCCACACAGCUGGAGCAUCUGCACAUUGCACAGUUUAAAGCUGGUGAUGUAAGUGGAGCAGUGCAGACACUUCGAUCCCUACUCUUGUUUUACCCCUCUGACAAGGACUCUUUAGACAACCUGCAGCUCUACUAUGAGACACUAGGGGGAGACACAGAGUCACCAGGCACACAGCCUGCCCAGGAAAUUGUCGGAUACAUUAGUCGCGCUUUAGAGGAGAAGAGGCUUCUUUAUUUUGGGGUGGAGAACCUAGAUUUCAGUUUCACAGACCCAGAUCUUUGGACUCCGGAACACGUUGUACCUGAAUCACUAAGAAAUAAUUGGAGAGCUGAAAAAGAGAAGAUAAAUGAUAAAUUAAAGGAAGGGGAGCAGGUAGAGGAAGUGGAUGAAAGUGGCUUUUUUUCAGGUGGUCCGGUCCUUCAGGCGGGUGUCACCAUCACCAUGGAUGACGAGCUAAUGAACGGGACCAACCGCGUAGUACUUGACGGAGUCAUGACAGAGAAGGAGUGUGACACAAUAUUGCAGUUAGCCAAAGCUGCAGCAUCUGCUGGGGAUGGUUACCGGGGACGGCGUUCCCCGCACACGCCCCAUGAGACGUUUGAGGGCCUGACCGUCCUCAGGGCUGUGAAGUUAGUGCAGGACGGCAUGGUGAACCAAUCAGACGCCCGGCUCUUACACGAGCUGGGAGAGAGGGUGAGAGUGCUGCUGCACUCCUACUUCAGGAGCCCCCCGGAUCUCUUCACCUCGUUCACACACCUGGUCUGUCGCAGCGCUAUCGCGGGUGAUCAGGAGGGCAGGCUGGAUCUGUCUCAUCCUGUCCACGUUGACAACUGUCUCCUUGAGCCGGAGACCAAUCAGUGCUGGAGGGAACCACCAGCAUUCAUUCACAGAGACCUCAGUGCCAUUCUCUAUCUGAAUGACAACUUUGACGGAGGAGAGCUGUUCUUCACUAACAGGGAUGCUAAAACAAUAACAGCUCGAGUAAAACCUAGCUGCGGUCGCCUUGUGGGCUUCUCCUCGGGUCCAGUAAAUCCACACGGUGUUACCGCGGUGACCAGAGGCCGUCGGUGUGCGCUGGCCCUCUGGUUCACAAAGGAGAAGAUUUACAGGGACAUGGAGCGAGAAGAGGCAGAGCUCCUGUGGGCCGCAGAUGGAAAGAGUGUGGCAAAAAAGGACGGCGAGGAGCCGGAGGGCGGCGCCCCCCCCGCCAGGAACGCUCGGAGCCAAGCGCCGACUGAGAGGAGCAGAGGCAGAGGCAGGGUGACGGGGGGCAAAGAUGAACUGUGAGAGGGACAACGCAUCCGACGGGAUCAACAUACCAAACCGGAACCCAUCCUCACCUGCAUCCACAUCUACUCCCUAAAGCUACUUGAUUGUUUGUUCAUUCUGUAUUUAUACUGUAUAUGGUGAAAGGGGGCCAAACAUCGUCUUCUUCUGCCUCUAAAGUCAAUCUGGAAUUUUGUUUUAACGGCUUACCGACCGAUUCCUUUAAAAAAAGAAUAAAAGAAGAAUUUAA